AUGGGCGUUCAAAAACUACAAGUUGGCAUGGCCGGACUUGGCCGUGUCGGAAAACCCCCCCGCGCUGAACUUGUCGCUGCGUUUACCCCCGACCAGAACGAGAUUGCUUGGGGUCGAGUCAACCUUGAGCCUCAUGGAGUGACUCUGUACACCGACUAUGAUGAAAUGCUGAAGCACCCCGGUCUCCAGGCGGUUGCUAUUGGAACUGCUACUUCAGUCCACGCCGAAGAAGCCAUCAAGGCGAUCGAGAAGGACCUGCACGUCCUGUGCGAGAAGCCCCUCUCUGUUGAUGUGGAAGUGUGCCGCUCCGUGCUUGAGGCCGCCAAGAAGAAGCCUCACCUGAAGGUGAUGUGUGGAUUCUCACGGCGCUUCGACGAGUCCUACCGCGACGCCUUCGCGAAGACCGAGCAAGGUCUCAUCGGUCGCCCUUCCAUUAUCCGCAGUCAAACUGCCGACAAGUUCGACCCCUCCGGAUUCUAUGUGGAAUAUGCCGCCUGGUCUGGCGGUGUCUUUGUCGACAUGUCUGUCCACGAUAUCGAUCUGACCCUCUGGUUUUUCGGCGAUGAUUCCAUCCCCAAGAGCAUCUCCGCCCACGGUAUCACGGCCGUCCAGCCCGAGCUGAAGAAGCACAAGGAUUACGAUAACGCGGUUGGCAUCGUCGAGUUCCAGAAUGGCAAGAUCGCAUACUACUACUGCACCCGCAUGAUGGCUCACGGUCAGGAGGACACCACAGAGAUCAUUGGAACCGAGGGCAAACUCACCGUCAACGGCAAUCCCCAGAAGAACUUUGUCAACUAUUAUCACUCCGGUGGCAUUACUCGCGAGGUCCCGCCUAACUUCAUUGGCCGCUUCGGUCCUGCGUUCACGAAUGAGGCUAAUGAGUUCACUGCCGCUUGCCUCGAUAACACACCCCUGCCAAUGAAGUUGAGCAAUGCUGUCAAGGCGGUUGAGAUUGGAUCCUAUCUUCAAGAAGCCCUGCGGAGUGGCAAGCAGAUUCACUUCGACGAGAUCGGUCGCCGCAUUGAAGAGUCUAAGCUAUAA